GCGCGCAGCUCCGCCUCCCGGAAGUACCGCCUGUGGGUCACGGCGCAGGCGCCAGUGGCAGCGCGGAGCGGCGCGAGGGAAGGCGCUCGGUUUAGGGUCGUACGGUGGUGGGUCCCGAGGGCUGCGGUGGAGUCGUCAUGUCGGACAAUGAGGACAACUUUGACGGCGAUGACUUUGACGAUGUGGAGGAGGAUGAAGGGCUGGAUGACUUGGAGAACGCCGAGGAGGAGGGUCAGGAGAACGUUGAGAUCCUCCCCUCUGGGGAGCGACCACAGGCCAACCAGAAGCGAAUCACCACACCGUACAUGACCAAGUACGAGCGAGCCCGCGUGUUGGGCACCCGCGCCCUGCAGAUUGCGAUGUGUGCCCCUGUGAUGGUGGAGCUGGAGGGAGAGACGGAUCCUUUGCUCAUCGCCAUGAAAGAGCUCAAGGCUCGCAAGAUCCCCAUCAUCAUCCGCCGCUACCUGCCCGAUGGCAGCUACGAGGACUGGGGUGUGGACGAGCUCAUCAUCACCGACUGAGCUGGGCCCUGAGCCGGGCUUGGCCUCCACCCUCCAUUUUCUACAUGUAAAUAAUAAACUGUUUAGUUUUUCAGCCCCUCCA